AUGGCUGCUCCAUACCCUGUUUGCGAGGAGGUUGAGCCGCAGGCCGCCGCGAUUGAGGAGGUCGAGACCCGCCUCAGCAAGUCCAAGCCCGUCGACCUCUCUGCCUUCUCCUGGCUGCAGUGGUCGCCGCCCGCAGACUCCAAGUGCGGCCAGGCUCUCUCUCGCUGCUUCCCUGGCGCCCUGCCUGGGCCAGCGGUGGUUGCUCGCAUGAAGGUGCUCGAGAAGCUGUACGGCCUGACGCCGGAGAACACCAUCUACGGCCAGUCGAUCUGCCCAGACGAGAUCAACAACGAGAAGGGCGACCUGGCGACGCUGAUGGCGGACCACUGGGGCGAGUGCUUCCCGAUGGGCGGCAUCGGCGGCGCGCCCUUUGUCGGCAAGACUGGCUUCGGCGCCUUCUCGCACCACGUGCCAGAUGACGGCCACAUCAUCAUCCUCUUUGGCCCGCACAUCGCCAUCUCGGACGAGGGCGAGCUGGGCAAGUACCUGCGCGAGGGGCAGGUGCACGAGUCGACCGCGUGCGGGGCGGUGCUUGGCGCCUACGCCGCCUGCAGAUGCGGCAAGGCCGGCGAAUUUGACGAGAUGGACAUGCAGCAGUCGUGGCUCAAGCAGCGCAUCAACCGCCGCUUCGGCGAGAUCGAAUCCUCGGACGACCAAAUGAAGGCGCUGAUCCACGUCGCUUACGAGGCGGUCAAGGAGAUGCUCCUCGGCAUCGUCGACACUGAAUUCAGCAGCGGCAAGCUGAUCCUGAUCGGAGGCAUCCAGAUCAACAUGCCGAAGCCGUGGGAAGACCACUUCCAGCCGCUCUACUAUCAGGUGCACCAGAAGGGCGCCGAGCCCGUCGACAUCCUCGACGACAUGCCGCGCUCCUUUGCCGACCUCGUUCCGGACAAGUGGCAGCCGGGACUGCAAAAGGCUGGAAAGGUGGUUGGGACGCCCACGUGGAUGGAGGAAGUCACAACUCUCUGGAAGGAGCAGCCCGUCUCCGAAGUCGCCUGCGACGGCUUCCACUGCUGCGUGGACGCCGCGCACCUUCCUCCGCCCUCGCAGCCGCCUCCCGCCUGCGAGUGCCCCAAGAUGUUUCCGGUCUGCUACGCGCCGGACGCGUCCUGCUACCACACCGCCGGGUCCUUCUUCGCGGGCGACCGCCUCGCAGAGGGGGAUACCUGCCGGUGGGAGUGCACCUCCGACUACAUCCCUCCGCCGCCGCCCUCGACGGGCGGGUGGUGCCUCCCCCCUUUCUGCAGCCACCUGGCCCGCGAACCGGAGGCGGCCCACGCACCCGCCCUCGGCGCGGGGCCGGCGGCGGCGCGGCGGUCGUGGGCCGCUCUCUCCGCCGCUCUGGCGGCGGCGGCGGCGGCGGCGGCGGUGUGGCGGCGGCGCCGGCAGCAGGCCGCCGAUCACGGGCGCGCGCAGCAGCUAAUGUGAGAGCCGAUGCGUGCGCUCGCGGCCCCAUUGCGCCAUAAAAAUUAAAUUCGAGAUGCGCGCGCUCCCGCAUCGCUCAUCGGCUCCCGUGUCCCGUCGGCUCGCUCUCCUCGGCGUGUGUGAUGUCAUGUGUGCGCAUUGUUCACCGUUUCCCUGGGCACACCUGCGCUGUUUGCGUGUGUGAUGAGUGUGCUUGUGAGUUGUGUGUCAGUGACAGUGCGUGUGGUGUGUGUUCUGUGCGUUGUGUGGUGGCUGAGCGCACCCAGCGGGCCGGAUGAUCGGGAUCGGGUUACGGGCAAGAGAGCCCUAGCCCCGGGGGUGCGCGUUCGCAGGGAAAGGGCCGUAAAGUAAACACGGGUCUCCGAGGGUUAGUUCCGUGUACCGGGUUUCCCCUU